GCUCUAAGAUACGAAUGGGGGUUACCUUUCGAGUCCAACUCAGAGGAACGCACUUCAGCCUCCCAGGACACAUCCACAGACUUCCAGACUGACCCAGACUACCACUCACCAUGUCAGUCGUAACCAGGUGCAGUGGUACCCGUAGCUACAGCUCACUCAGCACUCUCGGCUCGAGUGCUUAUAGUUCGUCAGGUGGAAUGCAGAUUUCCAGCGGGUUUGGAGGCGGUGGGUACGGUAUGGCGGUAGCCCCGAUUGGUAGUCGAACGCAAAGUGUUUACGGGGGUGCGGGGGGAUAUGGCACCCGCAUUUCGAAAUCUUCUUUCUCGAUGGACUGGGCUAACGAAAUGGACAUAUUUGCCCAUGAGAAGCAAACCAUGCAGAAUCUGAAUGACCGCUUAGCCACUUAUUUAAACAAGGUGCGCUCUCUGGAGGAGGCCAAUCGGAAGCUGGAGCUACAGAUUAAGCAGUUCUACGAGGCGAGAUCACCCGCUUGUAAGAAAGACCUGACGAAGUUUUACGCCACCAUCACAGACCUCCGCGACAAGAUACAUGCCAGGUCAAUGGAGAACUCAGCGUUGCUGCUGAAUCUGGAUAAUUUUAGACUUGCAGCUGACGACUUCAGGAUGAAGUUAGAGACAGAGACUAAUAUGCGUAUGACCUUGGAAGCCGAUGUGAUUCGUCAGAAGAGAGACCUGGACAGCUUUACAUUGGCCAGGGGAGACCUGGAGAUGGAGCUUGAGGGGCUGAGGGAGGAGCUGGUCUAUGUCAAGAAGAACCAUAACGAGGAGAUGCAGUUGAUCCGGACGCAGAGUGGUGCGGUGACGGUGGAUAUGGACUGUGCUUCCCAAGUGGACUUGGUCAAGGUGUUAGAGGAGACGAGGGCACAGUAUGAGGGCAUUGUCGCCAAGAACCAGAAGGAGGUCAUCACAUGGUUUGAGAGAAAGGUGAAGGAUCUCCAAACCCAGAUCACCACCAGCACCACAGAGGUACAGACCUCUCACUCUCAUGUGACCGAGCUGAAGAGAACCUACCAGAGCCUGGAGAUUGAACUACAUAGCCUGCUCACUCAGAAAAGGUAUCUGGAGAAUAAUGUAGCGGAGGUCACCGAGCGCUACAGCGUCCAGCUGAGUCACCUGCAGCUACGCAUCGACGCCCUGGAGGAAAAGAAACGCCGGCUCAAUGUCAGCAUCCAGCAGCAGGCCUCCGAGUACCAGAUCCUCCUGGACAUCAAGAUGAGGCUGGAGAUGGAGAUCGCGGAGUACAGGCGCCUGCUGGACGGCGAAGGGUUCGGCAUGCAAGUGGAGGGGAGCAAGAAGGUGCUUGUGGUUCGGAAAGAGGAAGUGGUGGAAGAGCACAACCCCCACAUGCAGAAGCGAGUGAGGGUGAUAGUGGAGGAUAUGGUGGAUGGGAAGGUGGUGUCCACCUCAGUUGAUGAGAAGAUCCAGGAUGUCAACGACCUGAAAAGACCAGAUGAUAUGGUAGUCCAGGUUACCAGGACCAUGGAACUCCAGUGACUCGGGUUCAAGCCCAAUCUGGGCUGUGUUCCCACCCUUCCUGAAAUUCUCCCUUGAAAAAAUCAAAAAUGAAUAGGGAAUUGUUUUUUUUUUAAAUUGCAGUUAAAAUAAAUACAAUACCAACUUUAUAACUUAAUCUACAAUUCAUGUUUAAAAAAUUCAUGUUUUUCUAAUCUUGGGGUUGGAUGUAGGAUUAGGUAGACUGGUGUUUUUUUCCAUCAUGUUUCAAAUUUCCCCUCUCACUGUGAGAAUUUAAACCAAAACCAAAUGCUCUUACCGAAUGAGGUACAUGACUUGGCUUGCAAUUACCGUAUAUCUGUUGAAAGGCUGCAUCAAAAGUCAAAUAAAACAUUUCUUUAAGGCA